AUAAAUAAGUAAUAUCUACGGUAUAAAGAAAAUAAAAACUUCGCCUCGUUCUUCUCCCUCUGUCUCUAUCUCUCUCCCUUCACUCUUGAGCUCAAGCGAUUACCUCCCAUGGGAAAAACCUCUGAAGUGAGUACUUAGCUCUUUUCUGUCUGCUUCUAGCAUCCAUUUUCAUGGAUCUUGGAGUUCGAGUCCAAGGGUCGGUUUCGGGUCAUGAGAACGGGUCUCCGGGUCAAACAGAACUCGGAUCUGGUUUCGGAAACAAGCAAGAAAGAUCCGGUUUUGACGGUGAAGAUUUGUGGAGGAGCUCGAAACUUACAAGAACAUCAAUAGAUGGAUUCUCUUCCUCCUCCGCUGCAGCUAAGACUCUGUCGUUUCAUCAAGGCAUACCUCUCUUGAGAUCUACCUCCCUCGAUCCUCGCAGACAAGAACAGAUGCUUAGCUUCUCCCCUGCUUCCGACAAGUCAGAUGUCUCGCCGUAUCUUCAGUACGGUAGAAACUCAGGAUAUGGUUUAGGAGGAAUAAUGAACACAAACAGCAUGCACGGAAGCUUGUUGACAGGAGCUAAAGGACCUUUUUCAUUGACUCAAUGGGCUGAGCUAGAACAACAGGCUUUGAUCUACAAAUACAUCACAGCCAAUGUCCCUGUGCCAUCUAGUUUGCUCCUCUCUCUCAAAAAAUCUUUUUUCCCUUAUGGAUCCUUGCCUCCUAAUUCCUUUGGAUGGGGCUCUUUUCAUCUGGGCUUUUCCGGCGGCAACAUGGAUCCCGAGCCCGGGAGAUGUCGCCGGACAGAUGGAAAGAAAUGGCGGUGCUCGAGGGAUGCUGUUCCCGACCAGAAGUACUGUGAACGACACAUUAACAGAGGCCGCCAUCGUUCAAGAAAGCCUGUGGAAGGCCAAAAUGGCCACAAUACUAAUGCUGCUGCCGCUGCUUCUGCUGCGUCUAAGGCGGCAGCAGCAGCGACUACGGUUGUUGCAAUGCGUGGAUCAGAUAAUAACAACAGCCUGGCCGCCGUUGGAACUCAUCAUCUUGCCAAUCCUUCUAUGGCUAACAGUGACAGAGUUCAAAAUGCUCAAGGGGCUUCCGUCUUUCCUGCCGCAAUGAACUUACAAUCGAAGGAAUCUCAUCAGAAACAAAGCAGUAACCCUUUCCAGUUCGGUCUCAUCUCCUCUGACUCGUUACUUAAUCCCUCCCAUAAACAACCCUCCUACGCAAACUCCUCCAAAGGCUUUGGAUCGUAUCUGGACUUCAGCAACCAAGCAAAGAACUCCAAUGUCGAUUCCUGGACAGAAGAGCUGAAAUCUGAUUGGACUCAGCUCUCAAUGUCAAUCCCCAUGGCUCCAUCUUCCCCUGUUCAAGAUAAACUUGCUCUCUCUCCUUUAAGGCUUUCGCGCGAGUUUGACCCUGCUAUCCACAUGGGACUAGGCGUUAACACUGAGUUUCUUGAGCCUGUGAAGAAAACGAAUAACUGGAUACCAAUCUCAUGGGGUAAUAAUAACUCCAUGGGAGGUCCUCUCGGUGAGGUACUAAACAGCACGACGAAUAGUCCCAAGUUUGGUUCUUCCCCGACAGGCGUCUUGCAGAAGUCGACGUUUGGUUCUCUUUCUAACAGCAGCUCAGGAAGCAGCACUGUUCUUGGCGAUAACAGCAACAAGAACUGCGAUGGAAAGGAUCCACUUGGCCCGACCACACUGAUGAACUCCUCUGCUUCUGCUCCUUCUCUGUGAAACUAGGACGAUGGCGAAAAAAACUCAAAAACAUUCUGUUUCUUUUUUCCUUGGUGCAUUGUCGUUGUUGUUGUUUUCGAUAUAAAGACGGAAGAAACUAAAGGAGAAAUGGACAUGUCUUCUCUCCUUCUUUCUGAUUUCUGAAUCCAUGGAUUUAUUGGUUCUCUAUCAUCAAAUUCUUGAUUUUCUUGUA